AUGAAAUCCCAAACACCCUCUAAAUGGGCUGUCAUUACCGAGAAGAACAAUUACAAACAACAAAACAGGGUGAAAAUAUUUUCAAUUUUGCCUGUUUUUUCCGAACCGGUUUCCCCUAAACCAGUGUCAAUUCGAUCCGAUUUCUAUACCGCUAUACGCUUGAGUAUGUUCCGGUUUAAACCGGUUUGGAAUCGACCCGGUUUUGACUUGUUUGACUCGAUCCCAUCCGAUUUGGGCACUGCCACAAAGAACUGGAACUUACAGAUAUCCAAUUCAGGGGUUUCGAAGAAUGGCGUUCAAUCCGUUCAAGCAUCUGCGACUUCAUUUGGAUCAAAGAAUGAGACACGAGUAGACGAGAGUGAAAUCUAUACUCUUGAUGGUAUAAGAAGUUCUUUAAUUCGACAAGAAGAUAGCAUUAUAUUUAGCCUUGUAGAAAGAGCUCAAUUUUGCUACAAUGAGGAUACAUAUGACCCUAAUGCUUUCUUCAUGGAUGGCUUCAAAGGUUCUUUAGUUGAGUUCAUGGUCAAAGAAACCGAAAAAGUCCAUGCUCAGGUUGGAAGAUACAAGAGCCCUGAUGAACACCCGUUUUUCCCAAAAGACUUACCUGACCCUAUGUUGCCCCCAUUGGAAUACCCACAGGUGUUGCAUCCUUACUUGUAA